AUGCGUGUCAAUUUUGGAAGAUUCCUUGACGUCGGAGGAGUGCUUUCUCAGAAGCAAAAGCAGCUGCAUUCGGCUCAAGCAAGUGCCUCCAACGCUAGUGUAAGGGAGCAUCAACACACGAAUGGCACAGUGCGCACCCGCAGCGACUUCCACGGCGAGCAGGCGGCGCGCAACCUGCACGAGGCGCUGGGGCGCGGCCACGUGGACACGGCCACCGUGGUGGACGUGCUGGCCACGCACAGCAACCGCCAGCGCCAGCACCUGCGCAGGCACUACCGCGACCUGAAGACCGAUGUUUCGGAGAAGUUGGGCGGCUACGUGCGUGAGAUAUCUCUGAUGUUACUUCAGACCCCUGCUGAAUUUCUGGCGACGCAAGUCCACUGUGCCUUGCAGAAAAUUAUGCCGGAUAUGAAUACGCUUAUUGAGUUACUAUGGGGUCGAAGCAACGACAAACUGGAUCAAAUCAAGAUGGCUUACCAAACCGCUUUCGGGCGGCCGCUGGAGGAGGAGGUGCGGCGCGAGCUGCCAGGCGACGUGCGGCCGCUGGCCGAGGCGCUGGUGGCCGGCCAGCGCGCCCCGCCCGCCGUCGACGUCGACCUGUUGUUGGUAUCAUCUGGAGUAGGCCUCAGAUAUGGAACAGAAGAGCCGGCUCUCUUACAAAUGUUUAAAACUCGUUCAUAUCCACAUCUACAAGAAGUUCUUGAGCAAUAUGACAUGUUGAGUGAACGGAGCAUGGAAGCCAGCAUAAAAGCAGAAUUUACUGGUCGACUUCAAAGGGGACUUGUUUCUUUAGCAAGCAUGAUAAGAGAUCCUGUAUUUUAUUUUUCUGAACAACUCCACAAGGCUAUGGAAGUUUUACCACCAAACGAUGAGAAGUUAAUAGUCCUUCUCAUAGCAAGAUCAGAGAUAGAUCUAGCAGAUAUUAAAGAUUGUUAUCUUCAACAUUAUGGGCACAAGUUAGUAGGAAUGGUGGCCGAUGUUUCAUCAGGUGCUUACCGACGAUAUCUACUACGAUUACUUGGAAAUUAUGAUGAAUAA